CCUUCUCGUCUGCUGCUACUGCGUUAGCUGCUUUGUUGAUUAGUGUUUUAAUUGAUCCUCACUCAACACAGGUUCACGAUGUUCAGCAGGAGAAGAAAGCUGUUGCUUUUGAAAAAGAAAAUCCUUCUUUUAAAGCUGCUGGAAGAGCAGCGCCAAGAGAGGCGGCGUGUUUGGGUCCGGCCAGCGAUCCUGGAACGCAAACAGAGGAGUCUCUACUACACCGCGAUGCGUCGACUUCGUGAGGGAGAUUAUGAUCCUUUCCUCAAACUGUAUCGCAUGACACCACGGCUAUUCGACGCUCUGCUCUCCUUUGUGGAGGACGACCUAACUCGGCAACAUUUGGUCAGGGAGCCGCUAGAACCAGGAGAGAGACUCGCAAUAACGUUGAGUUACCUAGCCACAGGCAAGGACAUCAGAGAAGUCGCCAAUGCUUAUCUCGUGGGAACUGAAACUGCACGCAAAACCAUUCAUGACACCUGCCGGGCGAUCUGGACUCGUUUGAGUCACCGUUUUUUGAAGGUGCCGACUACAGAAGAUUGGCUGAAAAUAGCUGACAACUUUGAGAAGAGUUGUCAGUUUCCCAACUGCCUGGGUGCUGUUGGUGGCAGGCACGUUACAGUCGUCACCCCUCGCCAAUCGGGUUGUGGAUACAUGAACCACAAGGGUUCUUUCUCCGUGGUGCUAGUAGCUGUCGUCGACAGUAACUGCAAGUACACUUUCGUUGACGUCUACGCCAAGAGCCGUGAACAACAGGGUGAUGUAUUUGAAAGUUCAGACCUUGGCCAGGCACUGCUUGGUGGUUCUCUCAAACAUCCUUCGACAGCUGCGUUACCCGGCGCUGACGGCCACAUGGCCCCCUACAUCUUCGCCGGAGAGGACGCAUGUCCUCUACGGAGAAACCUCAUGAUACCAUUCCCCGCUGGAGAGGCCAAAGACGAGAAAGCAGUCUUCAACUACAGGUUGAACAGAGUGAGGAGAUGCGCAGACAAUGCCUUUGGACUCACAGCGGCUCGGUGGAGGGUGCUGCUACAAGCUAUUCACCUACAGCCAAGCAAUGCCGACUAUGUCAUCAGGGCAGCUUGCAUGUUGCAUAACUUCCUCACUGUCCUAAAUCCGCACCUGGAAGGCUACAAAGACACUGAAGACAGCGUUGGUAAUGUGGUUCCGGGUCGCUGGCGGCAAAGUGUGGCAGAGGCAAAUGAAACAGAGCCACACUAUUUUCCUCUCGAGGCUAAGCACACGGAAGAUGGGGACGUGUCUGGCGCAGGGACCAGGAACGACUUCAUGGCGUACUUCUGUAGUGACGUGGGAGAGAUUCCGUGGCAAUGGCACGUGCCAAGUGUAUCGAAAGAGGCCACGCUAUCACAUCUGCAUGAGCAGCCCCUUCUUUCGGCUCUCUCAUAAAGAUGCUGUUGAAUGUCAAGUACGAGUCUUGCAAAGCCAUCGACUGUUGGCGAGACAGUGCUGCCAAUGCUUUGACAACUCUUGGAAAAAGUGGACGCUUCUCCUGUGACAUUGUUAGCACGCUUUGACAGCAGCUCUAUUCUUGGACGUUCAACCUGAAUGCGUCAAGCAACUCUAUGGCACUUGUACUCCUGCAAGAUUAUCACUCAUAGACUUUCUUCUUGGUCCGAACCAAUGACGUGCGUAUAUUGGGAGUCCGGAGAGAUGUGCAACUGGGUUGAUGGCCGCACAGCACAAGUUACUGUAAAUAUACAUCAUUAUUUAAAAUGAUGUUCCUAACCUUUUUUUUUUGCUAAUCUUACCAAGUCGCGAGAACAAGUAUUGUGACAUGAUGUACACUCAGACCCGAUUAUAGCAAAGUUGCAUCUUACACAACAAUAAGUUGCAUUAUAUCCCAAAAUUUGUGGUAAAUGUAUAUUCCUAAUGCUGCAUCUAUUGGAAGACUAUUUUUCAUGUACUUCAAUUAACCGAUGAUUUGUUAUAUUAGUAUUCAUCGUAUCGAGGUUUAAGCAUACUUGAACUGGCCCUGUGCAUAUUGCGAAAGGUAAAAUGGCUGAGCCAGGCAACAUAAAUCAUGACCAAUACACACACAAAAAAAAAAAUGUCUAGCUUGCAUCCAGGAACUGAAAUCCUGUUAGCAGAAAGAUAGCAUCCCAUCCAGCUGAGUACCAGUGCUCACUGCAACCUUCUUUGCAAAACACACACAGAGUCGCACAGAAACACACACAGUACAGAGGCACUUUCAUGGCAACUUUCUUAAAAGAGCCUCCCUCUAUAUUUUUUUGUAAACGAACUUAUUGCAUGGUACACAGCAAUCCGAUUUUUUUCUUUUUGCUAAGGAACAAUGUUAAGAGCUUUGUAUUUGAGCUUAGUCAGUAUUCACCUAGUCGGUACAACUAUUUCAUGCUAUGCCAGUCAAGCAUGCCAAAUAAGACAUACUCGAAUAUGCGGACACUACUUCAUUGAUUUUUUUUUUUCCGUGUGCAUUUGUUGGCAAAAAAUAAAUACCAUGAUGAUUCUAAUUAAA